AAACACGGCUGAUUUCUGAGCUCAAAGCCCUCCCCAUUUCCUUGAGGUUUUGCUUGUGCUUCUUUUGUGUUGAAAUGGCUUCAUCAUCAGCUCCAGUCAUCAAACAACAAGACAUUGCAGACACUAUGCCCGACGCUUUAAAGCAGAGCCGAUACCACAUGAAGAGAUGCUUUGCCAGAUUCGUUGGGAGCGGGAGAAGGUUGAUGAAGUAUCGGCAUAUCAUGGAGGAAAUAGAGAAAUCCAUAGAGGACAAGGCUGAAAGAAGCAGGGUUAUGGAUGGCCUACUUGGUUACAUCCUCAACACCACCCAGGAGGCCGCUGUUGUUCCACCAUAUGUUGCUUUUGCAGUGAGGCCUAGCCCGGGUUUAUGGGAAUUUGUUAAGGUGAGCGCAGAUGAUCUAGGCGUAGAUGGCAUCACUUCUGCAGAGUACUUGAAGUUUAAAGAAACCAUCUUUGAUGAAAACUGGGCAACUGAUGAAAAUACGUUGGAGAUAGAUUUUGGAGCAUUUGACUACUCCACGCCUCACCUCACCCUUAAUUCUUCUAUUGGGAAUGGACUCAACUAUGUGUCCAAGUUCAUGACAUCCAAGCUUUCCGGGACCUCUGAGAAUGCCAAGCCUUUGGUGGAGUACUUACUCGCUAUGAAUCAUCAAGGAGAGAGUCUUAUGAUCAAUGAAAUGCUAAAUACUGUGUCCAAGCUUCAAACAGCAUUGAUUGUAGCUGAAGUUUUCGUCUCCUCGCUGCCUAAAGACACACCAUAUCAGAGCUUUGAGCAGAGGUUGAAGGAUUGGGGUUUUGAGAAAGGAUGGGGAGAUAGUGCUGAGAGAGUUAAAGAUACAAUGAGGACACUCUCUGAAGUGCUCCAAGCCCCGGAUCCAAUGAAGAUGGAGCUUCUCUUCAGCAGGCUCCCAAAUAUGUUCAACAUUGUGGUCUUCUCUCCUCAUGGAUACUUUGGCCAGGCAGAUGUUCUCGGUUUGCCAGAUACCGGUGGCCAGGUGGUUUACAUUCUAGACCAAGUGAAAGCUCUAGAGGAAGAAUUGCUCCACAGAAUCAAACAGCAAGGCCUAAUUGUGAAGCCUCAGAUUCUUGUGGUGACCAGGCUUAUACCAGAAGCAAGAGGGACAAAAUGCGAUCAGGAGAUAGAGCCCGUCCUCAACACUAAACACUCUCACAUUCUUCGGGUUCCGUUUAGGACCGAAAAUGGGGUUCUUCGCCAAUGGGUUUCCCGGUUUGACAUCUACCCUUACCUUGAAAGAUAUGCUCAGGAUGCUUCUGCUAAGAUCCUUGCCCACAUGGAAUGCAAACCAGACCUCAUAAUUGGGAACUACACCGAUGGAAACAUGGUGGCGUCUUUGAUGGCUAGCAAACUUGGCGUAACUCAGGGGACUAUUGCUCAUGCUUUGGAGAAAACCAAGUAUGAGGAUUCUGAUGUGAAGUGGAAGGAGUUAGAUGGAAAGUACCAUUUUUCAUGUCAAUUCACAGCUGAUAUGUUUGCAAUGAACGCGACCGACUUUAUCAUCACUAGCACAUUUCAGGAAAUUGCUGGAAGCAAGGACAGGCCUGGACAGUAUGAAAACCAUGCAGCCUUCACAAUGCCAGGGCUUUGCCGAGUAGUUUCAGGAAUCAAUGUCUUUGAUACAAAAUUCAACAUUGCUGCUCCUGGGGCUGACCAAUCUGUCUACUUCCCCUACAUGGAAAAACAAAAGAGGUUAACCUCAUUUCAUCCCGCCAUUGAAGAACUACUCUACAGUAAGGAAGACAACAAAGAACACCUUGGGUAUCUAUCAGACAGAAAGAAGCCAAUCAUCUUCUCCAUGGCAAGGCUAGAUACAGUAAAAAACAUUACAGGACUAACUGAAUGGUAUGGGAAGAACAAAAGGCUGAGAAGCUUGGUGAAUCUAGUGGUGGUAGCAGGAUUCUUUGAUCCAUCCAAAUCAAAAGACCGAGAAGAAAUCGCGGAAAUAAAGAAGAUGCAUUCAUUGAUUGAGAAGUACCAACUCAAGGGCCAAUUAAGAUGGAUAGCAGCUCAGAAUGAUAGGAACCGCAAUGGAGAGCUGUACCGCUGUAUUGCAGACACAAAGGGGGCUUUUGUGCAGCCUGCACUGUAUGAAGCUUUUGGGCUAACAGUCAUUGAGGCGAUGAACUGUGGGCUGCCCACCUUUGCAACCAACCAAGGAGGGCCAGCAGAGAUUAUUUUUGAUGGGGUCUCAGGCUUCCACAUCGACCCCAACAAUGGCGAUGAGUCCAGCAACAAGAUUGCUGACUUUUUUGAGAAGUGCAAAACAGAUAGCGAGUAUUGGAACAAGAUCUCAACAGCGGGUCUGCAGCGUAUAUACGAAUGCUACACAUGGAAGAUCUACGCGACCAAAGUGCUGAACAUGGGCUCGACCUAUGGCUUCUGGAGGCAGUUGAACAAGGAUCAGAAGCAUGCGAAGAACAGAUACCUUCAAUUGUUCUACAAUCUCCAAUUCAGAAAAUUGGCGAAGGGUGUGCCCAUCCUAAAUGAAGAACCGCGAGAGGAACCCCAACCACCACCAGCAACAGCAAUAACUAAACCACAACAACCAGCAUCAACGGAGGGAGCUAAGCCCCGACCAUCAGCACCAACCACGGCACCAAAGCCUCAGCCAGCAGCAAGACGUCCACAAUCUGGUGCCCAAAGGGUCAAUGAAGGUUUAGAUCAGAAGCAGCCUGGCUUGCCUACAAGAAUUCGCGCGUUUUGCCCCUGGCUUUGGUGGUUCUUCAUCAUCAACAUCUCUCUUUUCCUCAUCUGGUAUCUCCUAAUGAAGUUAUAAUCAAUAAAGUGUGUGCAUCUGCCAGCGAUUUAUGUGUAAUAAACUAAUUGAUGAAGAUCAUCAAAAUUCUUCAAUCUGUAAAGGCUGCAAUACAGUAAUAAGAUGCCUUCUUUGGGACA